AUGCUUCCAGAGUUGGCGUCGGAGCCCGACCCGGACGAUUCCGACACCGAACCAGAAUUUGUCGAGGUCGAUCCCUCCGGUCGCUACGGUCGGUAUAAAGAGGUACUAGGAAAGGGAGCUUGCAAGAAAGUAUACAGAGCUUUUGAUGAAUGGGAAGGAAUAGAGGUGGCCUGGAAUCAGGUUAAGGUGGCUGAUCUCUUGAGGAAUUCCGUUGAUUUGGAGCGUUUGUAUUCGGAAGUUCACCUGCUUAAGACCCUCAAGCACAAAAAUAUUAUCAAAUUCUACAACUCGUGGGUUGAUACCAAAAACGAGCAUAUCAACUUCAUUACCGAGAUUUUCACAUCUGGGACUCUGCGACAGUAUAGAAAGAAACACAAGCAUGUUGAUGUGCGCGCACUGAAAAAAUGGUCUCGACAAAUCCUGGAGGGGCUUUCAUAUCUUCAUAGCCAUGACCCCCCAGUUAUUCAUCGGGACUUGAAAUGUGAUAAUAUUUUUGUUAAUGGGAAUCAAGGGGAGGUGAAAAUAGGCGACUUGGGACUUGCUGCUAUUCUUCAGCAAGCUCGUGCAGCUCACAGUGUCAUAGGGACUCCGGAGUUCAUGGCACCGGAGCUUUAUGAGGAGGAAUACAAUGAACUUGUUGAUAUAUAUGCCUUUGGUAUGUGCUUGCUGGAGCUUGUGACCCUUGAGUACCCUUAUGUGGAAUGUACCAAUGCAGCUCAGAUAUAUAAGAAAGUAACCGCUGGAAUCAAGCCUGCAUCACUUGAGAAAGUGGUGGACCCUGAAGUUCGAGCAUUCAUAGAAAAGUGCAUUGCGAAAGUCUCUGCUCGGCUGUCUGCCAAAGAAUUAUUGAUGGAUCCAUUUCUCCAUUCGGGUGAGAAUUCGGGAAGUUGUUCGCUACAGCCUCAACCUUCCAACACUGGUGAUAACGGUAACCGAUAUUACAAUGGGAAGGAGCCAGAUGACUCUGUUCUUGAGGGAAAUCGGGAUUUCACAGUGCAGGGCCAAAGAAAAGACCAAAAUACAAUAUUUUUAAAACUCCGGAUAGCAGAUUCAUCAGGUCAUAUUCGGAACAUUCAUUUCCCAUUCGACAUCGAGGAGGACACUUCCAAUUCCGUCGCUAGUGAAAUGGUUGAAGAACUCGAUCUUACCGAUCACGAUGUCACGGUCGUAGCUGCUAUGAUCGACUCUGAAAUCCAAUCCCUUAUUCCCGAUUGGGCCCCCAGAGAGCUGCCUGCCGACAACAAUUUCGAUGAGGAGGCCGGCCCAGAAACGGGAAUUUCCGGAGCCCACGACAAUGCCUCGCCUGUGACGAACGAUUCUGCCCAAUCGGGCCCACUCGUCUUGGAGAAACUCCCGUCCGGCAGAAAAUAUUGGUCCGACUCGCCCAAAGCCAGUGGCGAAAGCUCGCCUUUGGAGUAUAAUUCCAAUGGUGUGAAUAUGCAAUCUCCUAUUAGCCAUCAUGAUGUGAAUAUUUCCGAUUAUGCUACUCCUCCGAGGCAUGUUGAGUAUAAUUCCAAUGGUGAUGGUCAGAGUAAGCAUGGGGCAGCUUCUGAAGCAAGUAAACCUCAGCAGGAGAAUGCGGGCCCAUGCAGAAACUCCUUCGAUGAAGUGAAAAUUAUUGUGGAAAAGCUUGAGCAUGUCCUGGGCGAGCACUCGAAGGAGUUGGAUGAGUUGAGACAUAAACACAAAGCAGCUGUUUUGGCGUUUCUGGAGGAGCUCCCGGAAGAAAUUCGUCAGAAGGUUCUUAGCAUCUGUGACAAGAAGUUAUAUAAUGGACGUGAAUUGCAGGACCCGAAAGAUAAAUCGACCGUUCAUGACCCUUCUGUGAUGAUGGAUGACGUUAAAGUGUGUUGGUGUUUGCCUUUGAGUUCUGUUGGUGGCCUGUUCGAGUGCGGCUGUAUGCGGGUUAAGUCUUGUGGGGAUAGUGCUGAUGACGGGUUAGCUUGA